AUGCUUGAGAACUUAGAUGGAUUUGUUUUCAGGAGAAACGUCAGGCAGGAGCCGAAAGCUCGGAAGUUUUUUGAUGAAGGAAGCAAAGAACAGAGCAUAGCAAGGGGGAAUACCGAUGGGAUAUUCAGCUUCAAGUUUGUACGGAGUAAUAAGAGAAGGGGGGAUUCUGAGGAAGAGAAUUCUGGUAAAAGAGCUAAGGAGAAAGAGCCUGAUAUGGGUGUGAUAAAUGAGAAUGAGGAAAAUGCGUUGAAUGAUGUGUCUGAGGAGAUAAGUGAGGAAGAUGGCAUCUGCAGUAAUAUUCUUAUUAAAGAUGAGGCAAAGAAAAGGAUUAGUAUUUCAGAUCUUCACACAAAACUCGGAGAGGACGGAACCUUGGGAGAGCUGGUUAGAUUAUGUGUGGAGUAUGCGUUGCAGAAGAAGAAAAUAGAAUAUGGAAUAAACCUUGAGAGGAAACUCUUACAGAACGAGGGGUCUAUUAAAAGACGAGAUGUCGAAAGAGAGAUUGAGGAGGCAGACAGAAAGAUUCUGUGGGUUUCUCAAGAAGAAGAGAAAUGGAACAGUUUGAAGACUGAGGUGCUUAAUUCAAGCAAGGUGGAUGUGAGAGAGGUUCAAAGAUCAGUUCGAGACUUUGGAUAUAUAGAAAAUAUGGAGGAGAUUAGACAAGAGUUUGUAAGAAAGUUUGAAAGACUUGAGUUUCUGAAAGAGUCUGCCAAGUCUUGCAUUUCUCGGAUUAGAGAGCAAAGCGAAGAUAUUCUUGGGAGGGUCUUAAGAACUAUUUGUAGAGAAAAAGAAGUGGAUACAUUAUUUUUGCUAAGAACCUUAUCAAAGACAAAUAAGUGA